UCAUGUGGCGCGCAGUAAUCCUCUUACAACCAUUAACACACCAGAUGCAGAUGAUGCCAAUCAAUAGACCAUGCGGCGUGGAGAAAUGUAACGGCAGUCUUCCGUUUACAGUAUGCUUCACGAGUUCAGUUGUAGUUUACCUGGAUUAUUAUUUCUCUAAAUGUCUAUGAUUUACUGACAGAAACGGACAGUCAGGUGCGUGCUGGUUCUAUCAACUUUGGGAAGGGAACCAACAUAUGGGAUAUCAAGGUGCAGAGACCCAGACGGCUCUGGUAUUAUUGAAGCGUUAUUCCCCGUGGAUUAGGCCAGUUAUUCGACGGCAAAAUGCUUCCUCAAGAUAUAAGAGUGCAGAAACCCCAUCGGAUCUUGGAUUCGGCUCCACCGGUACCACCACGGCGUGGCAAGAACAGAGACGUUCCUCUUUCAACGCGUGGGCGGUCGGGCUCCGUACCUGAGCGCAAGGUGAACUGCGUCCUCGUCGGAGAUGGAGCAGUGGGGAAGACAAGUCUUAUCGUCAGCUACACCACAAAUGGUUAUCCGACAGAAUACAUUCCAACAGCUUUCGACAACUUUGCAGGUCAUUUAUCUAUGGUUGUGGUGGACGGAAAACCUGUGAGACUGCAACUCUGUGAUAUGGCUGGCCAGAAAUGGGGGAUGGAGGAUGACACUAUUAAUGACGAGCUGGACCGGAUCCGCCCUCUAUGCUACCACAAUGCCGACGUCUUCCUGCUCUGCUACAGUGUGGUGCGCCCCUCCUCCUUCCGCAACGCCACCGACCGCUGGGCGCCCGAGAUUCGCCAUCACUGCCCCGGAGCACCCAUGGUCCUGGUGGGGACCCAGCUGGACCUGAGGGAAGACGUCCAGGUGCUGGUCCAGCUGGCCAGGAAUCAGGAGCGGCCUGUGAGCACCGAGGAGGCCCAGCAGCUGGCGAAGGAUAUCGGGGCCGUGUCCUUUGUAGAGUGCUCGGGUCUGACCCAGAAGAAUCUGAAGGAGGUGUUUGACCAGGCCAUCUUGGCCAGCAUCCAGCCAGUGGAGAACGUUCAGAAGCUCCAGCAGAGGCAGAGCCUGAGGAAGAAGACCCCGGAUAAGAUCAAGAGUCUCUCUGAGACUUGGUGGAAGAAGCUGAGCUGUGUUGUUGUGGCAGGAGAGUGUGUGGGAGGAGAGUUUGAUUGAACCCGCAAGCAGCUGUUUAGGAUUUGACAUUUUUCUAAGCUUGUGUUUAGUCUUUAGUUUUUUU